CUGAGGGUGAAGGCAAUGAAAAGCUCGGCACAAGAGAGCGAUAAACAUGAGACGGAGGGACAUGAAAUAUGUGAAAGCAGGAAGCGUUUUAUUUAAACAGGUUUAGUUAAGUAAGCCCAAGCCAGCAACUUAAUUAUAGGACUGAUCUUUCAUUGAGUUGACGGGGGAAAACUCGCAUAUUGACUGUGGCGCUCCGAGCGCGCUGAACAGGAAGAAAUUCCCUAGCUUGCAAAAAAAAAAAAAAAAAAAAAAAAAAAAAAAAAAAACCAGAGAGGAAAAAAGACGCAUGAGGGCAGAAAAGAAAGUUUUGCGUGGUGGAAACAAUCAGGAGCUAUUAAACUUUGCUUGCUAAUACCAGCGGUGCAAGAAUCAUUCGCUUUAUUUUUACUGUGGGAUAAGGUGCUGGGUUUAUAUAGCUUACUGUCUUUUGAAAAAUCGUCAUUUUUGGGGGCUUAUAACAUCAACAAAAGUUUUACGAACGGAAAAGCAAAAGCCUUACUUCACAAAAGCUGACAUUCUUUUGGAACUGUACACCUUCCGUAUCUCCUUGGAUCGCUGGGUUUUGUUCUUGCUAUUUUAACUGCUGUAGAAGAAGAUUAUUAUUUUUCCCCAAAUAGCCUACUGUUUGGGGGCUUGGGGGCGGGUUGGAUAUAUUUUUCUCUCCUACAUGGCCUCUUCCAGGAUGUACUUUCUUGCGAAAUGCAUUGUGAUCUCCCAACUUAUUAUCCUUGUAGCGGAGAGCGGUCAGGCGCUUUUGUGUCUGCCCUGCGACGAGUCAAAAUGUGAGGAGCCCAAACAUUGCUCUGGUAGCAUGGUGCUGGGAAUCUGCGGCUGCUGUUCCGUCUGUGCCAAGCAGAAGAACGAGAACUGCGGUGGCGUUUUCGGUUUGUACGGGACCUGCGACCGGGGGCUCCGGUGCGUCAUUAGACCACCUCUGAACGGCGGCUCCAUCACCCAGUAUGAGGUCGGGGUUUGUGAAGAUGAAAAUUGGGAUGAUGAUCAGCUUCUGGGAUUUGAACCUUGCAACGAAAACCUGAUUACAGGUUGCAACAUCAUCGAUGGGAAGUGUGAAUGCGACAGCUUGCGAACAUGCAACAACCCCUUUGAGUUCCAGAGCCAGGAUGCCUGCCAGGCGGCCUUAAAGAAAAUCGAAGGACAAAAGGACAGCAGUGGGUGGGGUCCAGCCUAUCAUGCCACGCCUCCUGAGGAGAGGCCGGACUGCUCGAAGGCUCGCUGCGAGGUCCAGUUCUCGCCCCGCUGUCCUGAGGACUCGGUGCUGAUCGAGGGGUACGCCCCGCCCGGGGAGUGCUGCCCCCUGCCCAGCCGCUGCAUCUGCAGCCCCGCCGGCUGCCUGCGGAAGGUGUGCCAGCCCGGCUAUCUCAACAUCCUGGUCUCCAAAGGCUCCGGGAAGCCCGGCGAAUGCUGCGACCUCUACGAAUGCAAGCCGGUGUUCAGUGUGGACUGUAGUACAGUGGAGUGUCCAUCAGUCCAGCAGGUGAAAUGUCCCCCUGACAGCUAUGAGACCCAGGUGCGUCUCACGGCAGAUGGCUGUUGCACCUUACCGACCAGGUGUGAAUGCUUACCUGGCCUAUGCGGCUUGCCUCAGUGUUCGGCAGGAAGUGUACUCCACAUUAUCUCCCACGGUGAUGGUUCCCCUGGAAGAUGCUGUGACGUGUUUGAAUGUUUCAAUGAGAGCAAGCCCGCCUGCACGUUUAACGGCGUGGAGUACCACGAGGGGGACAUGUUCCGGAUGGACACCUGCCGCUUCUGCCGUUGCCAGGGGGGUGUGUCGGUUUGUUUCUCUGCGCAGUGCGGCACGCUAAACUGCGAGCACUACUACGUGCCUGAGGGAGAGUGCUGCCCGGUCUGUGAAGAUCCAAUCUACCCGGUGCUGAAUUUCGCCGGCUGCUACGUCAACGCGCAGAUUCUGGCGCACGGCGACCACUGGCGAGAGGACGACUGCACUUUCUGCCAGUGCGUGAGUGGGGAGGCACGCUGUGUCGCAGCUGCGUGCGGGCACAGCUGCAUCAACCCAGUGACAGUUCCCGGAGAGUGCUGCCCUGUGUGUGAAGAGCCCACCUAUAUUACCAUGGCGCCCCCUGCCUGCGGUCCUUUGAUAAACUGCAGUCUGACGGAGAAGGACUGUUUCUACGGUUUCCAGAGAGACCGGAAUGACUGCCACAUCUGCCAAUGCAAAACACGAGAACAGCUGUGCAAAGGGUUGAUCCAAGGCUGCACCCUGGACUGUCCCUUUGGAUACCAGAUCGAUGCUCAUGGCUGUGAUGUGUGCCAGUGUAGGCCCCGGCCAAAGAAGUGCAAACCGGUGUUGUGCGACAAGGAAUGUCCCUUCGGAUUGAUAAAGAACAAACAUGGCUGUGAUGUCUGUCGAUGCAAGAAGUGUCCGGUACUGCCAUGUGAGAAGACCUGUCCAACUGGCUUCCAGCAGGAUGAGCUCGGUUGCCUCCUCUGUCAGUGCAAAGCUACAGACCCCAGCGCUUCCUCUGUGGCUCCCGCAGUGAAGCAGGGCUCCUGCCUCUCCAUGGACGGCCGUCGCCACGAGAACGGGGAGAACUGGCACGACGGCUGCCGGGACUGUUACUGCCACAACAGCCGGGAGAUGUGCGCCCUGAUCUCCUGCCCCGUGCCCGUCUGUGCCAACCCCACCAUACGGCCUGGCCAGUGCUGCCCGUCAUGCCCAGAUGACCCCACCACCCACAGAACAGAGCUGAGCGACUCUUCGGUGUGCCUCGCCCCUGGUGGAGAGUACUAUGUGGAGGGCGAGACCUGGAACAUGGACUCCUGCACCCAGUGUGCUUGCCACAGCGGGCGAGUGCUGUGCGAGACAGAGGUGUGCCCUCCCCUGCUCUGCCAGAGCCCAAUCAGGACCCAGGACUCCUGCUGUCCGCACUGCCCAGAAGAGCCACUCACCCCACAGUCACCCAGUAAUGACAGCAUGCCCAGCUACUGCAGGAACGAAGAGGGGGACAUUUUUCUGGCUGCUGAGUCCUGGAAACCCAACACUUGCUCCAGCUGCGUUUGUUUAGACGGAAAGAUCCGGUGCUUCUCAGAAUCCUGCCCACUGGUUGGCUGUGCCCGUCCUGUUCUGCGCAAGGGACAGUGUUGCCCCUACUGCCUAGAGGAUACCGCUGCAAGGGCAGUGUGUAAUUUCAACGGAAAGACAUACGCUGACGAAGAACGCUGGGACAUUGACAGCUGCACCCACUGCUACUGCCUGCAGGGCCAGACGCUCUGCUCCACAGUCAGCUGCCCCGCCCUGUCUUGCCAUGAGCCAAUCAACGUUGAGGGCAGCUGCUGCCCCAUGUGCUCAGAGAUGUACGUCCCUACAAACAUACCGAUCGAAAAGACGGACCAGCACCGGGACACAGGGAUGCGCAGGCCGGGUUGGCCUACACCGAGUGAAAAUGACAUCAUGCCCCAGUUCAGAGGUGAUUUUGGAAGCCUGCAGAUGCCCUAUUUGGAAAGCAAGACACUGGCAACCCAUGAUGAUGGGACCUUCCACACAGCGGCAUGGGUGGCCCUGCCAAUCUUGAUGAUAGUGGUCGCUAUUGCCACCCUUCUGGUCAUUAAUCAGAAGAAACAGUGGCUCACAGUGCCAUGCUACCGCACCCCCACAAAGCAGCCGACCUGUCUUAAUAACCAGCUCGUGUACGUGGACUGCCAGAAGGGGAUGAAAGUGCAAGUGGACAGCUCCCAGCGGAUGCUCCGCAUUGCUGACCCCGACUCGCGGUACAGCGGAUACUACAGCAUGCAGAAACAGAGCAACCUGCAAGCGGACAACUUUUACCAGACUGCGUGAGGUGGAUCAGCACC